AGACGUCAGUGUCUUCUGACUGAAUCUCUUCAGUUUCUCUCGUCUUGUUUGUUCUUUCGAACGUCUGAUGUGUUUCACAGUUUCAUCUUGUUCAUCUGUUUCAGGAGUCGUGUUCAGUUACUGCUGCUGAAAACACAACGUUUCCUGUAACGCUGCUUCAUAAUAAAAGCUUUUAAAUGACUAAAUAACAGGGGACUUUUAUUGUGUUAUAGGACAUGAAACAUGUUGGUAACUGAAUUAGCGUAGCCACUUUGUUAGCGGUGAUUCUUGGAUAUUACUGCGGAUAUCGGGACAAUCAUCGCAGUGGUGGAUGACGCAUCUUCAAUCCAUUAGUCCAGUUGUUGGAAAAGCAAAACCGAGUGAAACCGAGCAGCACCAGGCCGACAGAACACAGAUGGAAAGAUUCAUUUGUGUCACGCUUACAAAUGUUGAAACGCUUGGACUCCACCUCCAGAUGGAAAUUUGCAGAACUACAUUCAGGCGGCUCUGAAAUUCACUUCCGACUGAAAAGCUGCUGAUUCUUUUGGUUUUCGUGUCGUCUUCCUCCUCCGGCUGCUGCUGCAGGACUCGGAGCUUCACCUCAGUUUGUUUUGAACUCCUCGUGGUGUGUUUUUAUUUACCUGUCAGUCUGAGCUCUCAGCUCCUCCAUCAUGCACCAUCACUGCCUCCUCGUGAUCGGCGCCCUGCUGUCAUUGGCCGUACCCCUGCUGGUUGCCAUGGAGACCUGCCCAGCAACAGGGAUGCCAGGGAUGCCAGGUAUCCCUGGGAUGCCCGGCAAAGACGGUCGUGACGGAGAGAAAGGAGAGAAAGGACGCUCAGGAACACCGUGGGACGGCGGGCUUGGACCUCAGAAGGGAGAGAAGGGGGAGCCGGGGCAGAUGGGAUGGCCCGGUAAACGAGGUCAGAGCGGGGAACAGGGGAUAUCCGGGCUCCCAGGGGUGCCUGGAAAUCCAGGAGAGCCUGGAGAUCCAGGGACUGUCGGCAUCCAGCCGAAAGCAGCGUUCAGCGUCGCCAGAGGAACCAACGAGUACCCCGACAAGUCGAGCGUCAUUCGAUUCACCAGCGUCAUCACCAACCUCAACGAUGACUACAGCACGGAGACGGGACGCUUCAGGUGUCGGGUACCUGGAACGUACUACUUUGUGUUCCACGCCUCUCUGGAGGACCGACUGUGUGUGCUGAUGAAGCUGGACGACAAUCUGCUGACGCCGUUCUGCGAUCACCGCCGCAACAGGAGACAGGUGACGUCUGGCAGCCUGGCGGUCUACCUGUCCAGGGGUCAGGAGGUCUGGCUGGAGACUAAAGACUACAGAGGGAUGAGAGGAAAACCAGCUGGUUACAGCAUCUUCUCUGGCUUCCUGCUGCACUCUCACUGACCGACAGGAGAAAACAUCUUCACUCUGAGACUUUUUUAUAAAAAGUACAUGGUUACCUUUUUAUUUUCACGUCAUUUUACUUUAUUUAACCAGGUAAAAAAAAAAAAAAUCUCUUUUCAAGAUAGAAUAAUAAAUACCAAACUGUCAAACAAAACAGUGCAGGUGUAAAUCUAGUUUCAUCACGAUACGAUAUUAUAUUGAUUCUUUAGCCAAUUAUAUGAUAUUUGUUCAAAUUCAACAUGUCAUACAGACACGAAAAACAACUACAAUAUUAUUUGAUAAUUUCAUUACUGAACUCUUCAGUGGAAAUAGGCAUGCUGUGGGAAUAAAGGUGUAUCUUAACAGUGGCAGCGAUAUUAAUCUUUGCUUUUACUUUGUAUUGAUGCUAUUUGAUUGGUGAUCAGUUAAUUGAUAUAUCGACACAGAUCGAUGCAUCAGUACACCCCCCACACUGUGUCCAAUAUCUGUGUGAGAAGAUUGAGCAGAUCUGUGUAAACUUCAUGAAAUGAUGUCAAAACAAUAAAAAGUUAAAAGAAAAA